ACAUGCCCUACCCUUGACCUUGUUUAUGGACGGCUUGUCUGAGGACUCGACUCUUCUGUCAGUCAUCCUUAUCGCUGACUUUAUUGACCGAGUCGUCGAAAGAUGGUUGUAUUUCUCUACCAUUGCCUCGAUCAUAUGGCUGUACCAUUCUCUGACGGGCUGGCUUACCCUAGGCUUCAUAGCUUGGAAGCACUCGGCGGUCACCGUCAUCUCGCGAUAUAUCGGCCUGAAUCAACUAUCUCUUAUCACAAUAAUCGCUGCGGCAACAUGCUUCUUUGGAUAUUUUAUCCUGAAAUGGCUGGUACCCGGGACCACCAGUGGCCGAACUGGCGAUCCGCGACCAAUGUUAAUACCUGGCCGAAUAACACACUCUCGGCUGUUUCCCAAACAGCAUUCGUUUUCUUACCAAUAUCUUACUAUUGGCGUUCCAGUAGACUCUACGGGGAAUGUUGAUAGUAUGAUAUCAAUCGAUAGGCCUAUAUCAACCUGGUUGUCGGGUUUACUCAGACCAAAAGUUUGGUUCAGCAUAGAUGCUGCUGAUCAUUUUCAACGACAAUCUUCAUACACGGGGCUGCGUGGCAAACUGGAUUCUUAUCUACAAUCCGAGCAACAGCAUGUUGACCCAUCGCAAUAUCCUCAUGCUUACCUUGUGACCCCACCGCGGCACCUCGGUUUUGGCUACAGCCCAGUAUCGUUUUGGUUCUUGUACUCUCAAGAUAAGGUGUUUUCGGCAACUAUCGUCGAGAUGCACAAUAUUUUUGGGGAGAGACAUUCCUAUUUCGCCGCUCGAAACUUCGAGGCCGAGGCCGAGCAUAUCCAGGAUGGAAACAUGGAUAAUCAAGAGCUUAAACGUGCCCAAGUAAAUGCAACGGCGCAAAAGGAAUUCCAUGUUUCGCCCUUCAAUUCUCGCGAAGGGUCCUACUCGAUACUUGCGAGCGAUCCUCUUGGACCUGAGAUGUACGGGUUUCAUGGACUCGACAUCACUAUCAAUCUCUUCUCGUCCAAAGGCUAUAAAAAGCUUGUGGCAAAAUUGGUUUCCGAAAACCAGGCAAUUGAUCCACACGAGAUGAGUGUCACCCAGAAGGUCGGCUUCAUUUUGACUUGGUUUUGGUCAGCAGUUGCUACCUUCCCUCGAUUUAUCAAGGAGUCUGCCGUUCUCUUGUUCAGACAUAACCUUCACUUUUGGUACCGACCCGAGCCUCGCAAAAAUAGCAUAGGGCGGUUAAGUAGCGAUGUCGAGAAGGUUCUUGAAAGAGUGUUUCGCGCAUAUCUCCGGAGUCUUGUUGAGCAAUCGCGUAUACCAGUUGUUGUUCGAUACACACCUAGCGGAGAUGCUGAAGUUUCUGAAGAGAUCUUGAGAUCACCUUCGGCAACCGAUUCAAGCGAAUGCGCAAAAGAGAUCAAUAUCGAGAUUCUGACACCAACCUUUUAUUCUCGGUUUGUUCAUUAUGCGCAUGAUUCAGAGGCUGUUUUCUGUGAGCUUGCUGAGAGCUGCACAUUUUGGACUGACAAGCCUGAGCAAUUGACAAAUAUAUUCUUGAAGAAGCGAUCGCCAUCGCUUCAUGCCUUGAGCCUCGUCGAAUAUGUUUGGUUUCAACUUAUCAAGUCUAUGAGACGCCGACCCCGAAAAAUUGAAAGACCUUUGACAUCUGCAGACAAAUCGUCAUCCCCGACUUCCGGCAUCGACAUUCGAGGCUUUCGCAUCUCAUCUAUGGACGCAUUUGUACUUGGGCAAGAAGAUGCCAGAGUGAAGAAAGCGUACAGAACGGCAGUCCUUCGAGUAUUCGUGGCCGAUCGUAUCACUCUUGGUAGCACGACCCUGCUUGGCAUGAUGGAGCUUGUAGGAAGAGCGGGCAUCUCAUGGGCUUUAGCGUCUCUUAUCACUCAUGGCUUCUCAUGA